GAUAUUUACUGAACAAACAUCUUUGUCCACUCCUCUGAUGAGCGAUUUACACACAUUUACCCUGAAAGUAAGUGACAAACAGGCGCGUACAGGUGGAUAUAUUUAUUUGGGGGGUUUUCUUGAGUAAGAAGGUGAAGCCGGUGUCAACAUGGAGGACUGCGGCUUCCAGAGCCAGCUUGUGUCCGUCAUGGAGGUCCUGGCUAAGGCAGCUGUGGCGGAGAUAAACCGGCGUGUGGAUGACAGCUGCGCGGUGCUCCGGCUGGAGGUGAGCCAGAGCCGGCGGGACAUCGACCUGCUCAAGAGGAGGACGGAGGUGAUGGAGGCAGAGCUGAGGAGGACCAGGAUAAGAGCCAGGAGGAAAGUGUUUUAUCCUCCAGCUGCUGAGAGAUUCUCUCCUUUAGUUAAAGUUGUGCUGAACAAAGGGAGACCGAGCACUGACUGGGAGGCUGAGGCUCCAAGUCAACCCCAGCAGUGUGCAGACGUAGAACCUGCUAAUGAAGCUGAACACAUCCUGAUCAAAGAGGAGUGUGCAGAGGAGGACAUGUGGAAAAACGACUCGGAGGACAAACUGAUGUCUGAAGCCGAGCAGCCGACAUGUUUCGAUGCCUCACAACCUGCCCAGACUGACAGCUUUGUGGAGCGUUACCACUCGGCCGAGAAUGCGGCCGACCUUGGAUCUCUGGUUUCCCCAACGGACAGCUACAACACUUUCUCAGAGCAGCAGCACCACCACCACCACCACAGAGUAAACACAGAGGCCGAACUUGUGGUGAAACACGAGAAUGAGGAAGAGCCCGAUGAGAACGCAGCUCCUCUUGAUUCAGCCGAAAAGUUUGUGACAGAGGAAGGUGACGAACAGCUGUGGUCAUCCAAUAUGUGCAGAGACGCUGUUGAUGCAAGCUUCUCGUAUGCUGAGCAGCAGUUCGAGCCAAUUCCCUCUGCGUUCCCGUCCCAAAGCGGGGUGCAUUUGGAAGACAUGGUGCCUCGAAUUCACUCUGUAGGGAAAUCAUAUUCAGCCACGGCGAGUUCAGCACGCGUGAAAAGACGAGCCAGAGUGUUUGGAUGCAAGAGACCGCAGCCAGACGAAGGACACGGUGCUUUAUCUCAGAUUAACACCAUGGAUCAGUGCUUGGUUCCUCAGCAAUCACAGCAUCAAUUCACAGAUUCUCCUCAAGUGAGAAACCCAAGUGAGGAUUUGCCCCCGCCGAACCCAGCUGCCUCUUCUUUCUGCCGCAGCGGCUUCGGGCUGGCGAGGAGAAUGAGGACGCCCUGGAGGUCCGGCAUCGGCGAGAAGAGGUUCAGCUGCACGUACUGCGACAAAAGCUUCAUGAGGUUCAGUCAGCUCAAAGAGCACCUGAGGAGCCACACGGGGGAGAAACCGUACAGCUGCCUGCAGUGCGGCAGGAGCUUCACCAAACAGUGCAAUCUCAUCAGACACGCGGUGGUUCACAGCGGGGAGAAGCCGUACGAGUGCUCGCUGUGUGGGAAGUGCUUCACGCAGCGCUCCAGCCUGAAGUCCCAUCAGAAGACGGCACACUGACUGAACACGGUUUCAUUUUAUACAUCUGUGUUGAGUAAAUUCCACGUUUUUUUUUUUUUUUAAAAGUCUUCACCUGCAGCAUGGAAAAUUACAGAUAAAACGGUUAAGUUUAAUUUUAUUAUUUAUUGUUGGGGUUUUUCAGGGCUGCAACUAACUGUUUCAUUAUCGAUUCAUAGGCCAAUCAUUUUUUUUGAUGAACCGUUUAGUCUGUAAAUUGUCCGAAAAUAGUGACUGUCCAUCCCCGUUUCUCAAGGUAAAAGCUGAUGUCCUUAAAUAUCGUUUUGUCAGUUAAAAACCCAAAGAUAUUCAGUUUAAUAUGAUAAAAAUCUCCAUAUUCGAGAGGGUGAAAAAAAAACAGCAUUUUCUGCCAUUUUUGCAUGACAUAUUACUUUAUCAUUGUACUGUAAUUCACUCUUAAACAAAGCUUUGUGGGACAAGCCUGAGCUGUAUUACCUCUAAAUGAUAACGUCAGUCUGGAAAAAAACUUAAUCCAGUCAAACUAGUUUAUAAACAAAAGUGAAGCUGAUAUUAACCCCAGUUUCUGCCUUUGCUUCAUUUGUACCAUAUCAAACAAGAAAAUUUAAAAAUGUAUAAGAUAGAUUUUAUCAAUGUUGUUUUCCCUUAUUUCAUGUUUUCAUACAUGAUGUUUGCCUCCGUCAGCAGACCUAGUUGCACUUUGCAUCCAUGUUGUUUAGACAGUCUCUGUUCAGUUAUGGAAUAAUAUUAUAAUAUUAUUAGAAUAACGGCCAGGAAAGUGUAUUUUCCAAAACAUUAAGUCACAGUGAGGUUGACCUUUGACCUUUUGGAAAUAAAAUGUCAUUAUGUCAUCUA